UUUUACGGACCCCGCUCGCAUAGUCGUAUCCACCGAAAAACCCAAGGACAACCAUAAAGAGAAAAGAGUUUCCUCAGCCCCGAGACAUCCGAAGGAAUCAGUGAUCGUACAAAAUCAACCGCUGAGAGUCUCUGGGCCAAAAUGAAAAAUUUUCCGGCUAGUCAGGGCAGUUUCAUCAAUCAGAGUUGCUCGGGAUCCCACACUAGCUUUCCUGCGUCCAUCAAUAACAGGAAAGCUUAGGCCCUAGGGCGUAGAUGAAAAAGUUUCCCGGCGACCCAGGGUAGUCUCAGCAAUUCAGAUUCUCUGGGGGCCUCUCAAAAGAGAAUCCUUGGAAACUACAACCUGGGACGUAAAAAGUGCAAAAUUUUCCGCUCUGAGGGCAGGUUCAUAAAUUAGGAUUCUUCUGGGGUUCGACGCGCGCUCGGAAUAUAACGGAGACGAAGAUGAGUCAGACUCGCUCCGAAACGAGUCACGAUCCGUUCAAAGCCUCCAAAUUCUUCGCUUUCCCAGAAAAACUCUCCGAUAUCUUCGUGGUUUUCAUGCGACUUGGCCUCCUAGUCUGCCUCGUCGCGUCCGUCUCACUCGCUCUUCACUCGGCGUUCUCGACCCGGAACCGGUGGCCCUCCUUCCCGGAGCGCUUGUCCCGAAACGCCUCGGACCGUAAAACCGGACCCACCAACAUCUCCCACCUCCUUUUCGGCCUCGCCGGCACGGUUCACACGUGGCGCGAUCGGAGCCGCUACAGCGAGCUCUGGUGGCACCCUAACGCCACCCGCGGUUUCGUCUGGCUCGACGAGAAGCCCGACACUAACGUCUCCCGUCCCGAUUUUUCGGUGCCGUACCGGGUCUCGGAGGACUGGACCCGGUUCAAGUACUCGAGCUCUCAAUCGGCCGUUCGAAUUGCCCGAAUUGUUUUGGAGAGUUUCAAGCUUGGGUUACCGAACGUGAGGUGGUUCGUGAUGGGGGACGAUGAUACGGUUUUCUUCACUGAGAACUUGGUUUCGGUGUUGGCGAGUUACGAUCACAAUCAGAUGUACUACAUUGGCGGAAACUCCGAGAGCGUGGAGCAAGACGCGCUGCACGCGUACGAUAUGGCUUUUGGUGGCGGUGGGUUUGCAAUCAGUUACCCGCUAGCGGCGCAGCUGGUCCAAGUAUUCGACGGUUGUCUCGAUAGGUAUUUCCAGUUCUACGGCUCUGAUCAGAGGGUGUGGGCAUGUGUGAGCGAGAUCGGUGUGCCUCUCACCAGACUACGUGGGUUCCACCAGGUACGCUCGUUCGAUAUUAGAGGAGACCCGUAUGGCAUUCUAGCAGCACACCCACAAGCGCCACUCCUGUCUCUCCACCACCUUGACUACUUGAAGCCUAUUUUCCCCAACCAGACCCAAAUAGACUCCGUCAAGUCCCUCAUGCAUCCAUACCGGGCUGACCCGAGCCGAAUCCUGCAGCAAAGUUUUUGUUACAACCACAGGCGUAAAUGGUCGGUGUCGAUUGCAUGGGGAUACACCAUUCAGAUAUACACAUCGCUUUUGACGGCCAUGGAUUUGCAGACGCCGCUGCUGACCUUCAAGACAUGGCGGACUUGGAAGGAUGGACCUUUUACAUUCAAUACCCGACCCGUGAGUUCUGACCCGUGUGAACAGCCUUUUACUUAUUUUUUGGACAAGGUUCAGGAGGUAGGGAAGAGUGGAACUCUGACUACUUAUAGGAGGUACGUGGCUAACCAAGGGAAGAGUUGUGAUAAAGCCGACCGUGCCCCUGCAAUGGCAGUACAGAGUAUUAAAGUCUCCUCAAUGAAGAUGGACUCAGAGCGUUGGAACAAGGCGCCACGUAGACAAUGUUGUGAGAUUAUGGAUCGUGGAACCGUGAAGAGCAGCAGCAUGCGAAUUAGGAUUAGAAACUGCAGACCAUGGGAAACUAUUACCAUUUGAUGCUUAUAUAUUUUUUAUUUUAUUC